AUGUCUCAUAGUACAAUAAAUGUACUCGGAAAUUACAGGAGGUGCGACUUUGAGCGUGGCCUUUGUGGCUGGCUACCACUGAAAACAGAUGGGUUUUACUGGAAUGUUGUCAGAGGAAACAACUUCAGUGAACACUCCCUACCUAGUGAAGACCACACAACUAAAACAGAAUUGGGCCAUUUCAUCUAUCUCAGUACAUCUACAAAGCAAGAGGAAGUAACCGUGUCACAGCUGGAAAGUUCCUUUUAUGUACAACCUUCAUCGCAUUGCCAGAUGCAACUUUGGUACCAAUUGACAAAUAAUUCCAGAUUAUCAAUCUAUAGAAAAACUGAGAGGAAUAAAGAUUUGCAACUACUAGGCCGAAUAACAGUGUCAUCUCAAAAAUGGACAAAGGCUACUGUUGAUAUCAAAGCCUCUUCGUGGAAUACAGUGUCCCCAUCUCAGAUAAUUUUAGAGGCCUUUAUUUUAUCAUCUAAUUCCUUUGUUGCUGUUGAUGACAUUAUUUUAUCUCCAGGAUGUAGCUUUACAAAUAAUUCACUUACAGCUGCCAAAUGUGACUUUGAAUUGGAUAAUUGUGGCUGGUAUGAGACAUUUGUUCAUGAUUCUUUCGACUGGAUAAGAAGUUCAAGAACUGAUCUCCCUCCUGCUUAUCAGAAGCAAGCUCCGCCCCGAGAUCACACGUACAAUAAAUCUGAUGGUCAUUUUAUGUUUAUUCUGAAAGAGAACAAUAGCUAUUCACAGAUCGCAGAAUUAAGAAGCCCACGGUUCAGACAGGCAGCCACUGGUUGCACACUGACCUUCUGGUAUUAUAAUGCUGGAGUAUCAGUUGGAGCUGCAGAGAUGCUUUUGCAUUUAGACAGGGAAAAAGAGGACACCGUUCUCUGGAGGAUAUACUAUGAUCAAGGCAACCAAUGGUUAAAAGCAUUUAUUCAAAUUGAUCGCCUAUCUCAACCAUUCCAGUUAUCACUGAAUAAAGUUAGUCUUGGAUUUUAUGAUGGAAUAUCAGCAAUUGAUGAUAUUGUGUUUGAAAACUGUUCUCUUCCUCCCGCUGUUGAAAAUUGUACUGGAUCUGAUGUUUUCUGGUGUAAAGUUACAAAGGCUUGCAUAAGCAAUUUAUUGGUGUGUGACCUAAUUGAUGAUUGCGGUGAUGGAUCGGAUGAAGUCAGCUGCGAAUCGGAAUUACAAUGCAACUUUGAAGAAGGACUCUGCAAUUGGAUGCAAGAUUCUGAUGACGACUUUGACUGGACUAGAAUUCAAGGGCCCACUCCGACACUUAAUACUGGACCUAUGAAAGAUCAUACCUUGGGAACCAUAAAAGGAAAUUAUCUCUACAUUGAGGCUUCUCAGCCUCAGCAUUACCGAAAUCAAGCAGUUUUGCUGAGUCCAGAACUAGCAGCUACAACUCAUAAUCAAAAUAAAACAUGCAUUUUCCGCUUCUAUUAUCACAUGUAUGGAAAACAAGUUUAUUCAUUUGCAAUUUACAAAAGAAGUAUGAGAAACACCAGGGGAUAUUUAUUGUGGCAAGCAUUUGGGAAUAAAGGAAACAGAUGGAUUAAGAAAACACUGUAUCUCAACAGUUCUCAACCAUUUCAGCUAAUGCUUAUGGGUAUGGUAGGAGACGGUUUUACUGGAGACAUAGCCAUAGAUGAUCUGUCAUUCUUAGACUGCACACUUUAUAACGGUGUUCUGCCAACAUGGUCACCAAUCCCUUUACAAACCCCAACCAGUGCAACUCUACCUAUUAAUAACUGCACAAAUGAAGAAUUUGUAUGUAGGACAACCGGCCAAUGUAUACCACUAACAAAGAUUUGUGAUUUUAGACCUGACUGUUCUGAUCAUUCUGAUGAAUCACACUGUGCCCCUGAACACUGCAGUUUUGAAAAUGAAAGUACCUGUCAUUGGUUUCAGCCAGAGAAAACAGCAUUUCGCAGAGAAAAUGCAUUUCAAUGGAAUAUUGGUCAAGGAAAAGGUAUUCAUCCUGGAGAGGAAAGUCACAGGCCUCUGAAAGACCAUACCAAGUCUACAGAAGAAGGCUGGUAUUUGUAUGCAGACAGCUCUAAUGGAGAAUAUGGUCAUACUGCUCACCUAAUGACACCUGUUAUAUCGUAUGCUGGACCUCAGUGUAAACUGGUAUUUUGGACUUAUAUGAAUGGUGCAACAGUGGGAUCUUUGCAGGUACUUAUUAAAUCUGGGAAUAUAACACAUGAACUUUGGUCGCAAAGUGGAAAACAAGGUGCACAGUGGAAGAGAGCUGAAGUAUUUUUGGGAGCACUGUCUUUUUUCCAGAUUGUCCUUCGAGCUAAACGUGGGGUCAGUUAUGUUGGAGAUGUGACCGUGGAUGAUAUUUCUUUCCAAGACUGUGCACCCAUAAUGAUCCCUGACAAGGACUGUACGUCUGAAGAGUUUAUGUGUUCCAACAGAUACUGCAUUCCGAAAGACAACCUGUGUGACUUUGUAAAUGAUUGUGCAGAUAACUCAGAUGAAAACCCUUACACCUGCAGUGCCUUUGUUGGACGCUGUGAUUUUGAAUUUGAUCUCUGUGACUGGAAACAAAACCAAAAUGAUGAUUUUGACUGGAAUCUUAGGUCUGGUAACACUCCGUUUAUUGGCUCUGGACCAGUUACUGAUCAUACCUUGAAAAAUCCUUCUGGAUAUUAUAUCUUCAUUGAGAGUUCUUUUCCACGCUUGCCAAUGCAAGUGGCAAAGAUAUCUGGACCAAUGAUAAGCAAAUGGAGCAAGAAUUGCAAGCUCAUGUUUUACUUUCACAUGUUUGGUGAAACCAUUGGAUCACUUACAGUGUAUCAGGUGACUCGAAGCAAUGAAAUAGUAUUGCUAAACCUCACAGGAGAUCAAGGAAACUAUUGGCAAAGAAUGGAAUUAACACUUCAUAAUAUGGGUGAAGAUUUCCACGUCACAUUUGAAGGGGGAAUUGGAAAAGAUCAAGUAGCUGAUAUUGCAUUGGAUGACAUAGUAUUCGCAAAUGAAUGUUUGCCAUCAUCUUCCAUAACCUCUGUGCCUUCAGACAUUUUUCAAGGAGCCCUGCUACCACCUGGGGACCCAUCCUUGAACCUUUUAGGAGGAACAGACACUCACCUGGCACGAUCCAUGACGAAUAGCAAUCUCAGACAACUCCAACUUCUUGAAGAAAACCAGAGGAAAGAGGCAGAACUCUCCAGAACAUCAGUUCUUAAACCCCAAGUGAUUUGCCCACCAGGCUUUUGGGAAUGUAGCAAUGCAAAGUGUUACAGACCUGAACAAAGAUGUGAUUUUGUGGACGACUGUGGGGAUAAUAGUGAUGAAAAUGAAUGUGGCACAUCAUGCAGUUUUGAACAAGGGCUAUGUGGAUGGCAAAAUUCAUUAGCAGACAAUUUUGAUUGGAUUUUAGGGGGGCAUUCAUCUCAGUCCUUAAAACCUCCCAAAGACCACACUUAUGGAACCAAAAACGGUCAUUUUUUGUAUCUUGAGACUUCUGCAGAUGGUUUAAGAGGUGAAAAAGCUCAUGUGAAAAGCUCAAAAUGGAAAGAGUCGAGCAUGGAUUGCACAUUAAACUUCUGGUACUACAUGUCUUCCAAAGCAACAGGGCAAAUACGAGUGCUUAUUAAAACAGAAAAUAGUCUUUCAACAGUAUGGGAAGAGUCGGAAACACAGAAUGGAAAGUGGAACAAAGUUAAAAUUCACCUUGGAAAAUUAAGACAUUUUGAAGUAAUUUUUGAAGGUGUGCGUAUAAGAGACUUUGGAGGUGGUGCAGCAAUCGAUGAUAUUGAAUUCAGAAGUUGUUCAACACUUGGAGAGAUGCCUGGGAAAUGCCCAGCAAAUACAGAUUUUGUAUGCAAAAACAAGAAGUGUAUUGAAUCCCACCUUGUCUGUGACUACAAACCGGAUUGUAUAGACUCAUCAGAUGAAACCGACUGCAGUAACUACACUGAUAUAUCUGGCAGCUGUAAUUUUGAAGUUCAUGACCAGAACCGUAUUGUUGGGUGUGACCUUACACAAGACCAAACUGACAAUUAUGAUUGGAGUGUUGGCAAUAUGGGACUUCUUGCUCUAAAUACAGAUCACACACCAGGUACUGGAAAAUAUUUUCUGUAUGCGAAUGCUUCCCUACAGGAGAAUGGAGGAACUGCAAGAAUAUUCACCACACAUUUUUUCCCAGCCACAUAUGGAAAAUGUAGAGUACGUUUUUGGUACUAUGUUUACGGACCACCACAGUCAGGAACACUUAAGGUGUACGUAAUUACAGAUUAUGGUCUGGAAACUAUUUACUGGUCAGCAUAUGAAAGCAGACAAAUGAGAUGGAUGUACGCCAGUCUUAUAUUAUCCUCCAGCAGCCUCUUCAGAGUUGCCUUUGAAGCUCAAGUAGAAGCAAAUACACUAGUUGAUAUUGCUCUAGAUGACAUUACCUUUACUUUGGACUGCAAGUUAGGAGAAACUGUAAAACCCCAGCCUACAUGUCCCGCAGAGCUAUUUACUUGUGUAUAUAAAAAACAGUGUGUGCCUCUCUCUGCAAAAUGUAAUGGAACGGAUGAUUGUAUGGAUGGAAGUGAUGAAAUCAAUUGUCCAACCCUGGUUCCCAACACAGUGCUGCCAAUGCAAUGCAAAGCAACAGAAUUCCAAUGUGCUGAUAAGAAAUGCAUCCCGUUAGUGAUGUGGUGCGAUGGUGUGCCAGAUUGUCCUCUGAAAGAAGAUGAACAGAACUGCACUACCCUAUCAUGCAUCAGUGGUUCUGUCUUCUGUUUAACCACUAAUAUGUGUUUGGCUGCCAGCCAGCGCUGUGAUGGCAAAGUAGACUGCGUUGACUUCAACAUUGAUGAAUCCAGUUGCUCAGUUUGUCCAAAUGGAUACUGUAAACAUGGAGGCAAGUGUUUUAUUGAAAGCAAAGUUCCAUUAUGCAGAUGUACAAAAAAGUGGGAAGGAAACAGAUGUCAGCACAGUGCUACACAGCUACUACCUGCACCAUUACACUUCAACAUGACCGGAAUGUGGAUUGGUGUGGCCAUAGGAUUAACAUUUUUAUUGGCUGAAAUUAUUGCUGUUUUCUACUGUUUCUUUUGCAAGAGAAAAAGACAUAAAGAAGAUACUCCCACUGGCUUUUCAAAUCCAGUUUAUCUGGAGAAGAGCAGCAUAGAGCCAGAGAAAGAGAUGACUGAUAAUACCCUGCAUUCUAAUAUUCAUAUCAAUGGUUUAUCACUUCACAUAUCACGGGAGCGCAUGAGGAGGGGGGUGAAGAUCUGUUCCUUUCCAAACCCUUUGUAUGGCUAUGAAGAAGAAAUAAACUAAUUUAAAUGUCAAAAUAAUUUGGCUUGAUAUUGAAUUUUCAGUGUGAAACUUUCAACAGACAAAUUAUAAUAUAAUUUACAGGCCAGCUGAAAAUAUUGUUAAUAUAAGUACCACCUGCUGAUCUUAACACAGCAGGUAAUGAACAGUUUAUGAUUUAUAUAAAAAUAAAUGCCAUCAUUUUGCAUGUUAUAAAAAGGAAAGUAUUACCAUCACUGAAAUAUGUAUUGCAGAUUAUCUGUUUAAACCUAGCAUUUUGCACAAUAUAAUCUGUGAAUAAAACAGUUUGCUUAAAGUCAAAUCUAGAGUUUUUAACUUGAAAUAAACAAUUAAUGUUUCUUGUUUAAACAUA